AUCCAGUUUAAUUCUUCAUAUAUUCACACACUGCAAUCUGUUGUUUUGAUGUUGGCUGUUUGGUUAAGUUGCUGUUCAGAUAAAGUCCCAGGACCGUUGUAUGUUGUAUGUUUAGAGUAGGACGAAACGAAAGGAAAUGCUUCUACUCGUGUGUAGCUUUCAGAACUUGAUUGGAUGAAACGAUUCGUGGUUAUCAGGACAGUAACACCGGUUAUGAUUGUAGUGGUAGUAGUAGUAGUAAGAGCAGUAACGCGGUCGGUAAUUCCUGAAAACUGACAGCAUACGGCAUCUCGGUGCAAAGCAUUCGCUGGGGAGAGGACUUUAGUCUGAGAGGGAGAGUGCGAAUGUUUGAGAGACUCGUAGGAUGACAGGUGACACGGGAAAACCGAAGAAGGCUGUUCUGAGAGUCUUCCCGCGAGGUUCACGGUUCCGGUUGGAACUGUUUUGAAUUCAGAGCAAGAAACGUGGAACAAGGAUACGGGUGUGUUAUCGUCAUCGUUGUCGUCGUCGUCGUCGUCGUCGUGAUCGUUGUGUCGUUGUUGUCGUCUACGUGUUUAGUUGUUUUCAUAAGUUUGUUAUUUGUCCGGUAAAACAAACGGUACACAGAACAGAGAAGCUCAAAGCUUUCGAGACAAGAGGAAAGUUUCACGGAACGGCUUCUUAAGAAAAGAGGCCGGAGACGAAAACAAACUACACGUUAAGGAUAAAUUUAAAUGUUCGAAACAGUAAAGAGAAAAUAUUACAGGGAUCUACCUUACGCGAUAAAGUUUAAGUUUCGAAAGAAAUCAACAAAAUUCUUGGAACAAGAAGACUCACAAAAAUAUCAGCUAAUGUUUAGAGUUAUCGGGAAGUGAACACUCAAAUCAAGUUUAAUUAAAGAGGACAUCGAUCGACACGGGACUCUGUUGUUAUCUAGUGUGUUAUCAGUACAAACUUAAAGCCCGUUUGUAUACGGCGUAAAGUGAGAGAAGUCCAGAUUUUGGACAAACAGUUGAAGCAGAAGUGUGUCUCGUUGCUGGAGCAGUUGCUAACCAUCUGAUCCAGACCGGUUUCGUAGGCUGUGUGUGAACGGAAUUGAAACCGCUCUCGCCGGCUUUCCGAGUGACACGGGACGUGGACGAGGAUGCAACUGCAGCAGCCAGCCUUGCAUAUCCUGUCCAUUGCAGUGUAGCGGUAGUCCACAAUCCAAAGCCCUGGUAGCAAGUAGUAGAACGUGAGUGGGUGCCAAGCUUGUAGCACAUUCCGCCGAUUUCAGUGUCGGUCACGCACGCACGUCGUUAUUGUUGUGUUUUUCCGUUCUCAGUGUAGUUCACCGGAACUCGGUCUAUUGAGCGUGUGUACUUCGUAUUUCCUGAUCAGUUCAACGGAUUCGCAUCGCGACGCCCAUCGCGUUAUCAAAAUCCGAUACCACAACAAGCAACAACAACAACAAAAACAAAAACACGUAACACAAUCCCCCAAGAAAUCACAUCAAAAAAAGUGCCUAACCACAAUUUAUCUGUUUUCGGUGUUGAAAAGUGUAUUGAUCUGUUUUUCUUCGAUUAACCAUCGAAAAGUUUCCGCUGAAACUCGACAGAAAUAUACCACCUGUUACGACGGUUAUCUGCUUUCGAAGGAACGGCACUGACUACGAUCUGAUUCGUUUCGUUCCGACGUCGGUGCCUGUUUGUGUGAGUGUAUGCAACCUUAAAGCAGCACUUUUCCGCGAUGCGAAACGAAGGGCAUUGAAAGUUUAGAUGUGAAAAUUGAUUUUUUCGUCCUGUUUUCCUAAUUUGGUGAAAUAUAAAAUUCUAUCGUGGACAGAGAAAAAAAAAGUGACUCAACCCGACGAAGAAGUACACGUGGGAAAACAAAUUUAAUUUAAAGUUUUUGUGUUGAGUGCACUUUCUUGAACCAAAGUUUUGCCAGGAAAGGAAGAAACAGGCUGCAUAUCCGAAUCAGAAAUAAAGUGAAAAAAGAUUGAGUUGGUUUGUAGUCCCGAUAAAGUUGAUUGAGAGGUUCCGAUCCCGAGAGGGGACGAAAGAGCCGAAAUCGCACGUGUAAUCGAGUUUCGCCCGGUGAAAGUUUUAUUGUGUUGCUCAUCUAUCAAACGAAGAAGGAAAGAAUUGAACAAAAGUGGAACCAGACCCGAUUGAAAAUUUCGGCAUUUGAAUGGUAGAUCUCGAUUCUAGUCCACUUCCAUCGUCAUAAAGUUUAGCUUUCGGGUAGAAAAGGGUAAAAAGAAAAAAAAAGUUCGACGAACGCGUUGUGUCUGUGAAACUAAGGAAUUUGCUGAAGGAAAAGUGUGAUAUAGUGGGACUGUGAUAGUAUUCGGUGGCCACGUCGAGACCGACAGAAUUUGAAAUUUCCGCCUCAAUUUCGAACACGCUCGGUGCAAAAUAAAGCCGGAGCCCUCUUCUUUCCCGUUCGACCAAAACGGCAUGACUCGAGAGUAAUAUCCGAAAAUCGUGCUCUGGCGUAAUAAUUUCUAAUAAUAGUUGCAAUAACAAUAUCAUUUGAGAGAAACACCUCCAAGUUCAGGGCCUGUGAGUGUGAGUGGAAGAAAUGGUGUUUUGUUGCAGACGGUGAUCAGAGCUUCGAGGUCCAGUGUGAAAGGCAAAAAGGAGGAAACGUUGUGUGCUCUCAUAUUACUAAGUGUGGUGGAAAAUAUUAAUGAGUUCAGAAAUAUAAUAAUAAAAACAGCUCAUAAAUAAUAACGUCGAGUCGAAGUUUUUGGGAUGUGUAUGUGUGGAGUGUGAUUUCCCCGAGUCGUGUGAAAGGUUCGAGAAAUCAGGCUUCAAAAGUGCUUUCGAGAAAGUGUGCCAUAUGGUGGGGCAGUAGAAGGAGCACAGUGUGAAGCAAAUAAAGCAGAUAAAAGAAAUUACAAAUCAUAAGCGAAAGCGCUUCCGAGUGAUGUGAGGAGAAGUGGAAAAUGUAUGCGUUUUAUUAGUCCUUUCAUUGCAAAGGCAGACGAAAAAUCAGAAGAAAAAACAAGUGUGCUGCACGGCGCGAGAAAAGGAGAUAAAAAAUAAGUGUGUAAUAAUAGUGCAAUAAUUCUCCACUCACUGUGAGCUACGAAAUGAUACUCUACUUUCAAUGAAAAGGAAACAAAAACGUUCCAGUCCGGUUCGCAGCGAGUAGUACAAACAAGGCCGAGGAACAUUCAAAAGAAGAGAGCGAACAUUCAACAAAAGGAAGCACAGUCAAAGCGAGUAAAUACUAUCAAAAAAUUGGAAACAAAAAAAGCAUUAAAAAUAGAAGGAAAGCCUCACUCACUUUCCGAUGAAAGACGGAAGGUGCACCGACGAGCGAAAGAAAAAAAAGUAAAAGCUCCACCACCCCCCGCCUGUGCCUGUGCGACUGGGAAAUUUUCACAUCAACAAAAACCAACUGAUACAAGUUGCGAACCCCCAACCGAAGGAGUGUGAAGAAAGUGAAAAGUGCUUUUUGUCGACAGCAGCAGCAGCCGGAGCAGGAGGUGCUUCGUCGAUAUUUUGAAUUCGACCAAAUGUUGGCCUUUCAUAACGAACAUAUAACAAGCUGUGCGUUUUUGACGUAUUUCGGUCCGGAGAACGCGAUUAACGCUCAGGGCGUUGUACAUGAAAAGCAGACUUCACCUGGGGUUUAUCUCAACCGAUUUCUUCUCUCAUGCGCUGCAGAAGAGGCCGUCUCUUCUACCAGCAAAAUGAAUCGGUAUGUACUACUGGAACAACUUUCUAAUGCAAAUAUGGCUUCCAUCACCAACCAGAACCCCACCGACUCGCGCGUGAAGAUUUGUGACAAACAGGUUAUGCCUCGUAUUUCAAACACUCAUCCUCGUUCGACGGUAUUUGUCUCGCGUAUUUGCGAAAAACGAUGACAAUUCUCCCAGCAAACCCACGACGCAAACGAGGCUAGCGGUUUGUGGGUAAACUCAUAACGAGCUAGAAAGUAAAUUGUAAAUAAAUAUCCAUCAAUGCUGGAGAGUGAACGAUGCAACGGCUGAGAGUGACCAUCAAUAAAAUUGAAAGCUUCUCGUACAGUUUUAUGAGCUUGCACGUACCUACAACUCUAGCAUUGCAUUGUCUACCGGAAGGGAGAAACAACAAACACCGUGAA